UAUAUAUCUCUCUUUGUCUCUCACUCAUCUUCUCCACCUAAACAAUGACUAAACUUAGGGUUUUCUCUGUCUUCGCCUUCCUUCUACUUCUCCUCUUUUCUUCUUUAAUUCUUCAAGUUGCUAGAUGUGAGUCUGACCCGGAUUUAGAAGACGCUGAACUUGUCGCCGAGACUGUUGAGGAAGGAGGAGAUCUUGGGUUUGUCGGUGAUGAUGUUCAGGACUUUGGUGUUGGGAAUUAUAGUCCAGCUCCUGGUGUGGAAACAGUAUGUGUUUUUCCGAAGAAUACUGCAAAAGUGGUUUUGGCAGGGAAAGAGACUGAGAUUUUAGUUGGAAUGAAAAAUGAGGGGGAUCAGGAUGUGAAGGUGCUUGCUGUCCAAGCCAGUGUCCAUCUUCCUUUUGAUCAUCGUAUGUUGGUUCAGAAUCUCUCUGUACAGGCUUUUAACAAUGCAUCCGUUCCUCCUUCUGUUCAAGCAACUUUUCCUUAUAUAUUCGCUGUCAGCCAAUUCUUACAGGCUGGAACAUUUGAUCUUGUUGGAACUAUAGUUUAUGAAAUUGAUCAGUUGCCGUACCAAAACACAUUCUAUAAUGGUACUAUUGAAGUUAUCGAAGCUGGUGGGCUUGUUAGCGUCGAGACUGUGUUUCUAGUUUCUCUUGGAAUUUCUCUUCUUGUGUUUCUUGCAUUAUGGGUUCGUGGUCAAAUACAAAACCUUUCCAAGAAAACAAAGAGGGUGCCAAAGGUGGAAACUGGAACUCGGAACGUUGAUGCAUCUAUGGAUGAGUGGUUGGAGGGAACUGCUUACGCACAAUCGAAGGCCAGCAAAUCAAAGAAGAAGAAGUAGAGGUGAUAAACACCACUCGGACAACUAUACUUUGUUUAGUUACUGUUGUAGAAUGAGAAAGAAAAGAAAAACAUUUACAUAGUCUGCUUGAUGGUUUUGACAAGUUGAGUCUCGUUUCACUCCUUUAGGCUAUUUAUAAUAUAGAACACUCAUUUACGGU